AUGCCAAAUGACCCCAGACUGAGGCGCCGCCAGAGCGCUGGCCCCGCCCGCCAGAGCACUGGCCCCGCCCGCCAGAGCACUGGCCCCGCCCGCCAGAGCACUGGCCCCGCCCGCCAGAGCGCUGGCCCCGGGCCGCCAGCCACCUACAAGAUGUCAAGAUGCCUCGGUGCCUCGGAGCUGCAGAGGGGAGGUGGGGGCUCUCUGGAGAGGUGGGGGCUCUCUGGGACAGACUACGCAGCGUUCCUCUUCUGUCCUUCUCUUGUACAAAACAUUGAAGCUUGA